CUCUCUCUCUCUCUCUCUCUCUCUCGUGUCGGGUGUCGCCCCCGCCACCCCCCCUUCUAAGUUCUACCUUUCUCGCUGAGCUCUCCCUCCCCUGAGCUUCUUCCUCCCUCUUCCGAAGACACCAUGCCGAGAAAAACCCCGCUUCCUCGCCCUCCUCCCGACUCCUCCACCAUGUCCCCUGCUUCCCCCGCCCUCCCCUCCUCAGACUCCCGCCUCAAAUGGCGGAAGCGGAAGCGCGAGGCCAACGCUAAGCGCUCCAAGCCCCAGGGCGACUCCGACGACGACGCUGCAGCCGCCGCCGACCCCGUCCUCGACCUCCGCGAGUCCGAAGUCCUCUCCGACUGCGGACACCAGAUUUCCGACUUCCCCCCCGCCGUGCGCCGCGCCGUGAACCGCCCUCACCCCUCCGUCCUCGCCAUCGUCGCCGCCGAGCGCUCCUCCUCCUCCUUCUUCUCCUCGUCCCCUUCCUCUUCCGCCCGAUCUUUGGUUCCGUCCCUUGAGAACAUCUCCCAUGGCCAGCUCCAAGCCCUCUCCGCUAUGCUCCCCGACCACCCUUCCCUUCUCCAACCCCCCGAUGUUGACAAGCCCUCUUCCUACGUGUGCACUCCGCCGCCCCUCAUGGAAGGGAAGGGCGUCCCCAAGCGCUUCCCCACUGGCCAAGUCCUCCUCGUUCCCAUGCACUCCGAUUGGUUCUCCCCGACAACUGUCUACCGGCUGGAGCGGCAGGUGGUGCCGCACUUCUUCUCAGGGAAGUCCAGUGGCCACACCCCGGAGAAGUACAUCAUGCUCCGUAACAAGAUCAUACUGAAGUACCUGGACAAUCCUAGCAGGAGGCUAGGGUUUGCAGAUUGCCAGGGGCUGGUGUCGAGCAACAGCGAGCUCUAUGACCUCAGCCGCAUUGUACGGUUCCUUGACAAUUGGGGGAUCAUUAAUUAUCUUACGACUCUUUCUGUGCAUCGCGGGCUCAGGAUGGCAGCUUCUCUGCUUAGGGAGGAUGGUAGUGGGGAGCUUCAGCUUCUGACGGCCCCAUUGAAGUCUAUUGAUAGUUUGAUGUUGUUUGAUAGGCCAAAGUGCAGCUUGAGAGCAGAGGAUGUUGCUUUGCUAUCUUCUUCUUCGUCUUCUUCUUCUAGUGGGCCUGUGGACUUGGAUGCUGGACUUUGUGAUUUGGAUAGUCGGAUAAGAGAGCGACUAUCGGAACUUUCUUGCAGUUACUGCUCAGAGCCUCUGCCCAACUUACAUUAUCAGUCGCAGAGGGAGGCGGAUAUCGUCCUUUGCUCCGAUUGCUUCCAUGAUGCGAAAUAUAUUACUGGGCACUCAAGUUUAGAUUUUGUGAGAGUGGAUACAAAGAGAGACACAUCAGAUUCUGACGGGGAUAACUGGACUGAUCAGGAAACAUUGCUGCUACUAGAGGCCUUAGAAAAGUAUAAUGAUAACUGGAAUGAAAUUGCUGAACACGUCGGCACCAAGUCAAAGGCACAAUGUAUACUUCAUUUUAUUCGUCUUCCAAUGGAGGAUGGUUUGUUGGAGAACAUUGGAUUUCGACAGUUGCCUGUCCCUUCGAAAGGACAACAUAGAGAAAAUCUGUCCACAAUUUCUAAUAGUGAUACCUCAGGUGUUCAUUCAGGGAACCAACUUCCUUUUGCUGAUUCUGCUAAUCCAGUAAUGUCCCUGGUUGCCUUUUUGACCUCUGCAAUUGGACCAAGAGUUGCUGCAGCUUGUGCAAAUGCUGCAUUAUCUGUGCUGACUAAAGGUGAUUCCAGGUCGAGCUCUGAGAGCAAUCAUGCGGAAGCUGUUACUCAUGGGGCUAACGCAAAUUCAUGCAAUCAGAAUGAUGGAAAUCCAGAAGAUCAAAUACCUUAUUCUAGAGGAGAUGCCAAUUCUCCUCUUUCUCUGGAACGUGUAAAAUACGCAGCAAUGUGUGGUCUAUCUGCAGCUGCUAUGAAGGCGAAACUGUUUGCAGACCAAGAAGAGCGUGAAAUUCAGAGACUGGCCGCGACUAUUAUAAAUCAUCAGUUAAAGAGGUUGGAGUUAAAGCUGAAGCAGUUUGCUGAGGUGGAAACCCUGCUGCUGAAGGAAUGCGAUCAGGUAGAGAGAGUGAGGCAAAGGCUUUCUGCUGAACGGGUGCGAAUGAUGUCAGCCCGCUCUGGAUUUCCAGGAAGCGCUUUUCCACCACAACAACCAGCAGCAGCUGCGGCAGCAGCAGGUGCUGCAAAUUCAAAUCCUAAUCCUCAUCCUCGACAGCCACCUAUACCCGGUUCAGUCGGACCGACUAACAUUCCAAAUCCUUAUGGCAAUAAUCUAGCUGGACAUUCUCCAAUCCAAUUCAUGCAGCGACAACAAAUGCUUUCUUUCGGACCCCGCUUACCUCUCUCGGCAAUCCAGCCAUCGCCCUCGGCCUCUUCACCCAAUGUUAUGUUUAAUUCCGGCAUGCCUGCUAAUUCCAUGAACCCUAAUCACCAUCCACUAUUGAGAUCUGCAUCUGGGAACAAUUCAAAUGUUAGUUAGCAUGAAAGAACUGUUGAAUUGUAUUAAAUUUUUUUAGUGGCCCAUUUGUAAUGUAAUUGCACCAUAGUUGGUGAUUUUAGAAAUAUAAUUAGUUGGAAGUUUGUAACCAUGUUCUUUUGGUUAUCUAGGUAGAAAAAUUAGAUGAGCAACUUGAUGGUGCACUUUUAUGGCUGGGCAGUUGAGAAAGUUUUACAAUAAUGUCACAGGUGAUUGAUAAA